AUGAAGAAAGCUGGAGUGGCUCUGCAAAGCGAGGUGCACACGGAAAAGGAAUGGCAACAGUUAUUGAGUCGCCCGGGCCUGAUCGUUGUAGAUGUGUACUGUGACUGGAGCGGACCUUGCACUGCCAUGAUAAGCACCCUGAAGAAGAUUCAGAUGGAGGUAGGCAUCGAGGCGGUGGAAUACGCGAUUGCGCGAAACGAUGACAUCGACGACUUGGUCAGAUUCCGAGGCCGAAGUGAACCCACCUGGAUGUUUCUACAGAACGGCAAGAUGGUGAAUCUAAUAUUUGGUGCGCAUUGUCCGAGCUUGCGAAAGCAAUUGAUAAAUGAGAUAAAGAGAGCGCAGCAAUUAGAAACUCCGAAGUGGCAUUUGAGUGUAUCUGAACGAUCGCCCGAAGAGGAGGUCCGAUGGCAGAAACAAGAAACCAUUAGGCGAGCGCUGGAAGAAGAGAAACAAGCAAAGGAAGAAGCCGAGAGGCUGGAAAAAUACGAGCGAUUUAUGGCGCAAAUGAUGGUCGAGUUGUGCGAGGAUACGGUGCUGGUGCUUUAUCCGUGGGUUUUUAAAGACGAACGUGGAAGACCUCGGGAUAAGAUGCACAGUCCACCGUAUACAGAACUCGUGAAGGAUCUCUUCAAACAAUGCUACGAGGUGAGGGAGGAAGCACGGAUCCAGCUGAACGAGGACAUGAUCGAGAAGAUGUUCGUCGAGAGCGGCGUCGACAUCACCGAGGAAUUGAUAAAAGGGCUAACCGACGGGAAAUGCAUGGCGAUGAGGUUGAAAGGCAAACCACCCCAUCCAGACUGGCCGGUUCAAUAUCCUUAUGAGAGUCCAGAACGUGAUUCGUAUCCGGUCCGUGCCAUCAAUGAUGUCGAGAAUUAUCUUAUUAGCAUCCUCACGCAAGGACCACCGACUUUUUCACAAACUGAAGGACCUGAGAUCAGACCGACUUAUGAUACACCUUACAUGGAGAGACAUGUGUACGAGUACGAGCCGGAAAUUGAGGAUGACGUAUCUCGCGUGUAUCCCGCGGUUUGGGUACCUCCUCAGGCUAGAAGUAAAGUUCACGCCUUCAAGACUCUAUUUUCGGGUUACAUGGAGAAAGCUCAUCCUUACGAAGAGCCGACAGUUCCUCCGCCGUUGUGUGCUUUCAAAUUCGAAGUAUCGAAAUUCAACAUUGUGCGAGACGCGUACGAAUUGAAUUGUGAUGCGAUUGAACAUUUCGGCGUCUUCGAGUUCGAUCGGCCUUACGCGAGACGCCUCGCGUCUUCACCCCAGGAUUUCGAAAAGGUGAAGUACAAAACUGGCGUUGAGGUAUUUGUGGUGAUAAUUCGAAGAAUCAACGAAGAAACCUUCCUGGCUUUUGCCGGCAUCGAGCCGUUCUUCGUGACAGAAGUUGACGAGGAGGUUCAAGAAGUAAUAACGGCAUAUUUCUCUAAAGGAGUAGAGGAUGUGACACCGGAAGAACUUUAUGAAGACGAGGAUGAGAAAGAAGAGAAGGAAGAGGAUUAA